AUUUCCCAUCUUCAUUCUCCCAUUCAUAACUCCAAUUACUUCAAAUAUGUAUUCAAGCGAUUAUAAUAAAUCUCCGCCGCCUCAAAAAGAGCCACCGAAUCAAGCUCCCGCCGUUUGGUCCUCCGGUCUCUGUGACUGCUGUGAUGAUGCCUCAAAUUGUUGCAUAACAUGGUGUUGCCCGUGCAUCACAUUUGGACGGAUUGCUGAAAUUACGGACAAAGGGGAAACUUCUUGUGGGGCAAGUGGAGCCCUGUAUUGUCUCAUAGCACUUCUUGGAUGCCCUUGUUUCUAUUCAUGCCUCUAUCGCUCAAAGCUUAGGAAGCAGUAUAUGUUGCCUGCAAGUCCUUGCGGAGAUUGCCUUGUUCAUUGUUGCUGUGGAAGCUGCGCUCUGUGCCAAGAGUACCGUGAACUCAAACACCGUGGAUUCAACAUGUCACUUGGAUGGGAAGGAAAUAUGGAGAGACAAAAUAUGGGAGUUGGAAUGACGGCUCCUGGAGUUCAAGGAGGAAUGAACCGAUAAUUCAGUUUGCAUAUUAGGGUGGUUCAACUACAUACUCUGUUUCAAUAAUUGUUAAACAUAUUUCAUAAUCUAUCUUAGAUGUGUGUCUAUCUGGUAUAAGUAGUUUCUCGAGUUUUACAUUUGCUCUGUGUGUACGUUUCAAUGCAAUAAGUUUUAAGUUUAAUCAAUGUACGCCAGGAGGAUGAAUGGUAAAUGCAAGCUGGUGUUUCCUUAAAUGUUAUGGAACAUUUGGAAGUUGUGUAAUGAGUUUGUAUUCAUUAAUAAA